AUGCUGAGGGAUUCUGAUAUAGAUUCCUUGAACGGGCAUCUAGUGUCCUUAUCGCGAGAGCAACAAAAGCAACAUGACAAUCUGCAGGAUCUACUUAGCCAGUUUAAGAACUUGUUGGACGACUACAGCUCGCUCAAAAGUGACUACGAAGAGGUUAAAGAAGGCCGAGAGAAAUACAAAAGACAGGCUAGAGGCCAGGACCGUAACCCUUUUGUUCUUGUCCUUGUAGACGGAGACGGAUAUCUGUUUAAAGAGCAUUUCCUGAGGCAUGGCAGCGAAGGUGGCAUUAAUGCAGCCCGCGAGCUGAGCGACUCUGUCAAAGAGCUUAUGCAUUCGACAAUGGGAAUGCAGGCAGAACAGUGUCGGAUCAUGGUUCGUGUCUAUGCGAACGUUCUCGGUUUGUCAAAGGCGCUAGCUCGAGCUGGACUUAUGGGCCACGAGGCUCGAUCUAUGUCACCAUUCACUUCAUCGUUUACCCGUGCUCAGGAGCUCUUCGACUAUGUCGAUGCUGCAGAGAAGAAGGAAGGCAGUGAUUUCAAAAUCAGAGAAAUGUUCCGUCUCUUCGUGGAUCUCAACCAAUGCCGCCAUAUCUAUUUCGCUGGUUGCCACGAUACUGGAUACGGCUCCCUGCUGACGCCCUAUAGAGGCAGAAGUGACCGUAUCACCCUCAUCAAAGCUGCCGGUUUCCAUCGUGAAUUCGAGGCCUUGGAUCUACCUAUCAAAGAAUUGCCCUCGGUAUUCAUGUCUACUCCUCUACUUAACAGCAAGCCGCCCACUGGCCCGGCUGCGUCUUCUCCGACUACGGCCAAAUUCAAUGGUGGAAACGGUGCACACCACUUUUAUAAUGGUUCAAAUGGCACAAAUGGUUCAAAUAUCGCCAAACCAGUCUGCAAGCACUUCCAAAAGGGUAUCUGCAAGUUCGGCAACACCUGCAAUAAGCAACAUGUUAUGCCGAACCAGUCACUGAAUCAUCAGCUGUCGCCUAAACACUCAGGUGCAGGCUCAGGUGCAGGCUCAGGUGCAAGUGAUUCGCCUAAACAGAUGUGGUCUUCUCCCACAGUUGUCGGUCGCUCCGAGGAUUUCCUUAGAUCAAUGCUCCCCUUGCCGAGUAUCAAAACAGAAGAAUUCAUUCCAGUCAAUAAAGAUGGGGACCGUAUCGACCCAUACUAUCCUCACCCGUCACCCGAAGCUUUUGAUGAAUACCAUGCACGAACCAAGGAACACAAAGUUUGCAAUAGCUACCAUCUGUCGGGAGAAUGUGGUGACAUGAGCUGCAUAUAUGACCACAGCGAUGUCUCUAACGUGAUCAUUGAGGUGCUGCGAUACAUGCUCCUCCAACACCCUUGCACUCGGGCCGGCGCUUGUCGAUCAAUCAAAUGCUACAUGGGCCACCUAUGCCAGAAGCCCGGAUGCAAGGCCGUGAAGAGCUUGCAAUGCCGAUUCAACCAAACUGCCCAUACCCUUGAUCUACAAACCGCUCGAUGGGACGUCCCAAGUGACCAGAGCGAAAUUGAUCAAUGGUCUGUCAGCGACGGUUCUAUUGGAAAACGCUCACCGCAUAUGUCGUCACUAUCGCCUAUGUAUUUCUAA